CUAGAAAUGGGUUACUUCCCCUAAGUCGAUACAUCAUGGCUGUGCCUGAGCGGUUAGGGGUUGUUCGCGAUGAACAAACAGGUGAGUUGUUAAUUCCUGGGAGUCGACGACCGGAGUGAAGGAAGGCUAUUUCCCCGGACGGGUCAUGGAGGAAGCCGAGGAGAGUGAAGGAAGGCUAUGUUCCCCAGGAGGAAGUACCAGUGUAUGAGAAUAAAGGCGUCCAGUGGAUGAAGAGCCGCCCUGACCACCCGAUCGGCCUGUCUCCAGAGGACGUGGAGAGACAUCAGCAGGCCAAGGAGGGAGAACUGCCCCAGGCUCCUAUGUCCAAAGCAGCCAAGAAAAACGCUAAGAAACGAGAACGCAAAAAGUUGAUGGAGCAACAGAAAGUAGAUGAAGUUUUGAACUCUAUAGAAGACAUUCAUAUUGCUCCAGACUCCCCCCCCUCCAAAUCAGCUGAAAUGCCGGAAAACAAAGACUCUAAAUCAAGCUCCAAACAGAGCAAAAAGUCAGAGAAGUCCACAACGCAACCGGAAAAGCAAGACAAUAAGGUCCAAGUGGAGUCCACACCAGCGACAGGCCCGUCCAGUACUGCUACAGAUACCGUGAAGAAGAUCAGGAACCUGAAGAAAAAGUUGAAACAGAUCCAGGAGCUGGAGGUGAAGGCCAAGGGCGGCUCAGAGCUGAGUCCAGAGCAGAAGGAGAAGCUGACAAGGAAAGGGAUACUUGAAGAGGAGCUCAGAGCACUGGAAGACGCGUCAUGACAACCAGACAGCUGAAGGAGGGACCGUCAAGUCAGGAUUGAGACUAAUAGAAUUUGGAGUGUGUGUGACAAUUGUUUGCAUCAUGACCGUAAAACUGCUAACUGAGCUGUCUUGUGAUGUUUUCCAGUCUUGAUUAUUGAGAGAAAAUAUACUAGCCAUCAAAAGUUUAGAAUCAUUUAAGGCACUCACUAUAUGUUAUGUAUAUAUAUGAGGUUACAUCGAAGAUGAAUUUCUCCACU